UGACGAACUGUUCUGGUAUGCCAUCGAAAUCGCCCCCGCCAUGGUUGUGGCACUGGAAGAGCUGGCAGGAGAAGAAGGGGGAAGAAUUUCUCUACUGACUCGCUGAUCUGGGGUGUAUAUAUGCCUUGAUCCCUGGCCACAAACAAGUACGCUGUCUCAAAACGACCUUGAAGUCUGGAGAGGCCAUGAUGCAAGUAUAUAUUCCUAUUGGUGAUACUAACUAGCCUGUACUUGUAGAAGUAUACUAUUUGUGCCUUUUGCUUCGUGCACUGUGAUCUUACUACUUAACUGAUGUUUUGUUUGUUUUGAUAACCACAAGGUCAUGCUACUUCACACCAUUGUCAAGGCAUGAAGUAAUCAAAUCCUCUGGGGUAGUCGCCUUGACACGGCACACCAAGUUCAGUUCGAAGUUGUAAAUAUGCUUUAAAUACUACUAUUCUACUAGUGUUAGUAGUGUCCUUUGCCUUAUGUGUGACUUGGAACUACAUAUGAUCUGACCUCAGGUCAUGAGCAACAGUGCAAGACAAAGAGAAGAAAGCACAGUACUUGGUAUUUUUCUCUUAAUAUCUUUUUUUUUAAAAUUCUCCUUUCAGGGGCGGGCGCAUGCGGAGACGCAGCAUACAGAAAUGAAAACAAUGAGAAGAAAGCAACAUUCAGAAAGGUACUUUGGUUGACCUAGACUUGCCGCAUUUCCAGCCUUGAACGGCUCGCGAAAAGGACGGCAUCUCACAAUCUCACAGAGGAAGAACAGCUGCAGCAGCCGCCGCUAAAACCCUAGCUGCUACCACCGCCGCCGGCGAGCGAGCGAGCAAGCGAGGCGAUGCGAUGGAGCACCAGCGGUGGCGCCCGACGGUCAACGAGCGCGACUUCAUCGAGCGCGCCCUCCAGUCCGACCUCCGCGUCGACGGCCGCCGCCCCUUCGACUUCCGCCGCCUCAAGAUCCUCUUCGGCAGGGAGGAUGGCUCGGCGGAGGUGCAGCUCGGGGAGACGCGCGUCAUGGGGUACGUCACGGCGCAGCUGGUGCAGCCGUACAAGGACAGGCCCAACGAGGGGACGCUGGCGAUCUUCACCGAGUUCUCCCCGAUGGCCGACCCCGCCUUCGAGCCUGGGCGGCCUGGGGAGUCCGCGAUCGAGCUGGGUCGCGUCAUCGAUCGCGGCCUAAGGGAGAGCCGAGCCGUGGACAUGGAGUCCCUGUGCGUUGUUGCCGGGAGGCAUGUCUGGUCCGUGCGCGUCGACCUUCACAUCUUGGAUAAUGGGGGGAAUCUCAUUGACACUGCUAACAUUGCCGCGCUGGCAGCUUUGUCCACGUUCCGAAGGCCUGAAUGUACGGUCGGAGGGGAUGAUGGUCAACAGGUUACGGUACAUGACCCUGAGGUCAGGGAUCCAAUCCCUUUAACAAUUCACCAUCUCCCCAUUGCUGUAACCUUUGCAUAUUUUGGUGAGGGUAACAUCAUGGUUAUUGAUCCGACAUAUAAGGAAGAAGCUGUUAUGGGAGGACGAAUGACUGCUACGAUUAACUCAAAUGGUGAUGUAUGUGCCAUCCAGAAAGCAGGUGGAGAGGGUGUCAUGUCAAGUGUUAUCAUGCAAUGUUUAAGAAUUGCUUCAGUAAAGGCUGCUGAUAUAACCAGCAAAAUAAAGAAUGAGGUUACGUCGUACACCUCUGCGAAGGCACUGCAGAAAGUAAAGCGUUUGCCAGCAUCAGUGCUGAAAAAGGAUAGUGUUCCUGUUGUGGCUAUGAAGGGGAGCGCCGAUGGUGCAUUGGAAACUCAAAGUACAAAGGCCUCCAGUGAAGUUCAGCAGAUAAGCAAAGGUGAUGAGGACCAUCAAAAUAUAAAAAGGAAUUCAUCCUUGACUGUGGACAGAACUUCUAAACAUAAACAAACAUCCAAAUUCAUUGGUGGUCCAUCAAAUUGGGAUCCAUACUCUAAAGGAGUUUCAUUAAGCUCCCUCAGAAUUUCACAAUUGCCUGAACCACCACCCACAGUUAAGGACAACAAGCAGGAGGAUGUCGAACCAAUGUUAACUGAAUGUAAUCCUGAGGUGCAAAGUGAAUCAAGGUUGACCGCUGGAGGGUCAGAUGAGACACAAGCUGUAUCACCAAAGAGUCUAAAGGAUGCUGUCAAGCCAAAACAUAAAAGAAAGAAAAAGCAGCACAACAAGAGUUAGAUGACCUGUAAUUUAUAUAGGCCUGUCAACUGUGUUAGAUAGCUUGAUGUUUGUGGGCAUGGUUGGCUAACUUCCAUUGUUCUCUUGAUGGUGCACAUGAUAGAUAGUCGGAGGUAUUUUCAUGGGAUUCAAAUCAGCGUGGAAGGCUUCUGUCAUUUCUAUACCCUUUGUUAUGGUGAUGAUUGUUGCUGCAAUCGAUCUGCCUGAACAUCUCUGUAGCACCUAGCUAAGCUUUCCUGACUGAAGGAUCUCUUCACCAUAGCACCAUGGGUUGGGUUUCUUCUUUUGCUGAUGUUUUGUGUGCCAUUUUUGUGGCAUGCUAAGCCGCAAACAUUGAAAAAAAUUGUACAAUCUGUAGAACACCCAUAAUCCAGAAAUGGGUUCCAAUUAAUCUUCAAGUCAAACUCUACCACAAGUCUUUGCAGGCUAUGGCGUCAUUUUAUGUGCCUUAAUUGUGACAAAUGCUAAGCCGCAAACAUUGAAAAUUUGUGUACAAGCUGUAGAACACCCAUAAUCCAGAAAUGGGUUUCAUUCAAUUAAUCUUCAUGUCAAAUUCCACCAAAAG